AUGGCUUCGGAAGGAAAGAAAGCCGCCCCAAAGGGCUCCAAGCGUGCGAACGCCGCCGCCAAGGCCGCUUUGGUUGGCACUCACGCUCAUAAGCAGCGCAAGGUCCGAACCAGCACGUCGUUCCACCAGCCCAAGACUCUGGUUCUUUCACGAGCCCCAAAGUACCCUCGCAAGUCGAUCCCUCACCAGCCGCGACUUGAUGAGCACAAGAUUGUCAUUCACCCUCUCAACACGGAAAGCGCUAUGAAGAAGAUGGAGGAGAAUAAUACACUCGUCUUCAUCGUUGAUGUUAAGGCCAACAAGGCUCAGAUCAAGCUUGCCCUCAAGAAGCUGUAUGAUAUUGACACCGUCAAGAUCAAUACCCUGAUCCGACCGGAUGGCUCCAAGAAGGCCUAUGUCCGCCUGACUCCCGAUGUUGAUGCCUUGGAUAUUGCCGCCAACAAACUUUCCCUGGUGUAA